UUACUCCCUCUCCAGGGAGACGCACUCUGUGACUGUUCUGCGGGAGGAGCCAGGGUCAAUGGGAAGGCCACGUUUCAUAAUAUCGCCAAAUUACAUUUCACAUCUCAUAGACAUGAACUGUUCCAUUCCAACCAUCGCUCGCUUGCUUGGAGUAAGCACACGCACCAUAUUCAGAAGAAUGGCUGAGUAUAACCUGUCAAUUCGGGCACGGUAUAGCAGGCUCACAGAUGCAGAGUUAGAUGCCUGUGUUACAGAUGUAAAACUACAAAUGCCCCAUUGUGGAUACAGAAUGAUGAGAGCAGCGUUAAAAUCUCGAGGACACCAAGUGCAGUUCGAACGGGUCAGAGCCGCAAUGCAUCGCGUUGAUACAGUGGGAGUCAUGUCUCGAAUGACACAACUUGGCUGCGUUGUACGAAGGACCUACUCUGUGUCCAGUCCUAGGUCAUUAAUGCACAUUGACACCAACCAUAAACUGAUCCGCUACAAUAUUGUCAUCUUUGGAGGUGUGGAUGGCUUUUCACGCAAGGUAAUGUACCUUGGAGCUGCACCUAACAACCUUGCUGCUACUGCCUUGGACUUUUUUCAAGAAGCAGUGGAAACAUUUGGCUUCCCUCUUAGAGUACGUAGUGACCAGGGCAUCGAAAAUGUGGACAUUGCUCGCCUGAUGUUCAUGAUUCGUGGGACAGACAGGGGCAGCUUUAUUUCCGGAAAAAGCGUCCACAAUCAACGUAUAGAGAGGUUGUGGAGAGAUAUCUGGGCAUCGGUGACCAAUGUGUACUAUGAUGUUCUACAUGCUUUGGAAGAAGCUGGACACCUUGAUGUUUCUGACCCUACUCAUCUGUUCUGCUGCCACUAUGUAUUUCUCCCACGACUUCAAGAUGGUCUUAACCUUUUCCGCACCACCUGGGACAAUCACCCAAUACGAACAGAGGGCAGCAUGACCCCUAACCAGUUGUGGGUGUUGGGAAGUAUCCAGCAUCCUGUACCUGAACCUGAUAUAGAGGGAUUGAGCAUACCGCACAUUGAUUGGGAGGACAGUCGACUGAGUGUUGAUGCACACUCUAAUAUUGUUGUGCCGACAACUGCAUGUCCCCUGACGGAUGAACAAAUGCAAGCACUCAGAGAAAUCGUAGACCCUAAAAGACAUUCAGAGACUUUCGGCUGGGACAUAUAUUUAGCAGCACUUGAGUUUUGCCAAGCAGCUUUGGAACAAUUCUGUUCCCUUUUUUAUGCAAACUUCUACUAUUAUUAUUAAAACAUCAAUACCUCAUGGCUCAUAAUAUGAAAAAGGAAGCAGCUAACUGUUGUUUUGUUUCUGGUUUUUCUUAAGUGAUGUACACAUAGCGCACAC